AUGGCAUAUAAGAAAUACUACUUCGAUCUUGACUAUUACGGUGUGGACUUUUAUGAAGAAGAAGUAACAUCUGAAUUCCGGCAAGGGCGGGCAGCAACAGCAGGUGGUAGCCACACUGAAGAAGUCAUAGGCAUAUUGAAGGAGCUGAGCCACAUGAACGCUGUGAUUGACCACAACUACAAUCGCCCAAUGAGGAGCGACACCCGCAGGGACCCCCAGGAACGUACACAAGAAGAGAAGGAGGAGUCAGUUUUUCGAAAGCCAACAAAGUAUUGCCGAAAGCAGUACAAGUUCACUCCGGAACAACAACUUGAACUAGACAGAGUUUUUGAAGAAACUCAAUAUCCUGAUGUACUCCAAAGGAAAGAGCUUGCAAAGCUCAUCAAUGUAGAAGAAUAUACUGUGAAGAUGUGGUUCAGCAAUCAAAGAGCCAGACUGAUGAAAAAUCAGAAGGCAUUACCAUGCAUAAACACUCUACCUGAUAAACAGAACUGCUUUCCCCUGAAGGUUUUGAAAGAAACCAAGAAUGUUAUCGUUCUUCAGGAGCCACUUGCGGAUGGGUUUCUCUGCUGUCAGCCACAUGUUGGCCACCCAAAUUGGCAGUGA